AUGGAAAAUAUCAUAGAGUCUGGAAGUCAACCUUCUAAAUCUUCAAUUGAUGGGUCUACAGUGGUGGAAGGCCAAACUGUUAUCACAAAUAAUCAACAGAAUGUGCAACCUACUACUGCAGUUCCUGAGAAGAAGAGGAAGAUUGUUGAGUCCAGAUCUCCAGUGUGGGAUCAUUAUGAAAAAAUUAAGGAUAGUACUGGUGUUACUAUCAAAGGCAAGUGUAUAUAUUGUGCCAAAAUAUAUCAAUGUCAGUCUAAAAAGCAUGGUACUACCUCCUUGAGAAACCACAUGCUUAGCUGUCUGAAAAACCCCCACUCAAAAGACACUAGACAAUCACUGUUAACCUUUCAAGCUAUUACAAAUUCUGAUGCAUCUCCUGCUACUGUUGGGUUUAGGAAGUUCAUUAUGGUGGCUUGUCCUAGGUUUAAGAUUCCAUCUAGAUGGACAAUUAGUAGGGACAUCAAUCUGAUUUAUGAAGAGGAAAGAUUGAAGUUGAAAUGUGUUUUUAGGGGGAACACUCAAAGAGUCAGUAUUACAACUGACACUUGGACUUCUAUUCAGAGAAUUAACUACAUGGUAGUGACUGCCCAUUUUAUAGAUGAAGAGUGGAAGCUUAACAAGAAGAUUAUCUCAUUUGUCCCUAUUAUAUCACAUAAGGGUGAGGCUGUAGCAAAAGUCCUUGAAACCUGUUUGCUUGAUUGGGGGAUUAGGAAUGUGUAUAGUAUAACUGUAGACAAUGCUUCAUCUAAUGACACUGCUAUAGGUUUUUUAAAAAAGAAAUUGAUGUCUUGGGGAACAUCUAUUGUGAAGGGCAAGUAUAUUCACAUGAGAUGUAUUGCCCAUAUUCUGAACCUUGUUGUCCAAGAUGGCCUGAAACAAUGUGAUUCUUCUGUGAAGAGGGUAAGGGAGGCUGUAAGAUAUGUGAGGAGUUCACCUGCUAGACUUAAGAAAUUUAGGGACUUGGCUGAGUGGAAUGGGAUUGAACGGAAAUCAUCUUUGUGUCUAGAUGUUCCAACCAGAUGGAACUCUACAUAUCUUAUGUUACAAUCUACAAUUAUUUAUGAGAAAGUGUUUGAGUCACUUGAAGAAAGUGAUACUGCCUACAAAUCAGAUCUGUCUGAUGUUGUUCCUACUUUUCUUGAUUGGGAGUCUGUGAAGAGUUUGGUGGAGAUCUUGAAAUGUUUUUAUGAUAUGACAAUAAGAAUUUCUGGUUCUUUAUAUGUCACUUCUAACACUUUCUUUUCUGAAAUUUCUGAUUUAUACUGCCUCUUGAAUGGCAUGGUGGAAGCUGGAGGGUCUGUGAAACUGAUGGGAGAAAAUAUGAAGGCUAAAUUUGAGAAAUAUUGGGGGGAUAUAGAUAAAAUGAACUUGAUGAUAUUCUUUGCAAACAUUCUAGACCCAAGAGACAAGUUAGAGUACAUGGCAACACAGAUGAAUCACAUGUAUGGUGAGGAAAAAGGUAAACCAUACUAUGAGAAAGUGAUUGCAGCCUUGAAAGAGUUGUUUAAUGAUUAUGCUGCCUCUACUCCUGUCUCUACUCCUGCCUCUACUCCUGUCUCUACUCCUGCCUCUACUCCUGUCAGUACUCCUACUGAUUUUUCACAGUCUACAGUUGGGAGGCCCCAACAUUUGUUAAAGUCACAGAUUAAGAAACAAUGA